UGUCAAGAUAACAAUAUUACUAAAAUGUGUUUAGUUUGGUAGGAAAUAUGUUAGCAUUAAUUGCUAUAUUUGGGGUCUUGGCUGGUGUACAGUGUAGAGAGUACAAUGGAGACCAAGUGUACAGACUUGAAGUCCAGACUCCCAAUCAGAUUGAAUAUCUGCAGAACCUACAGAAUAAUGGAGCUGAUUUCUGGACUGAGGUUCGUUUGGGUAAUGUAGAUGUCAGAGUGGAAUUAAAAGAUAAAACUGUGUGGGAAAAAGAAUUUCAAAACCUUGGUAUUAAUUUUUCUGUAAUGAUUGAGGAUUUGGCUGGACUUAUAAAGGAAAGUAAGACCUGGUUUAAAAAAGGAGACAAAUCCAGGGUUGGAUCAAAGCAUGCUAUGGACUGGACCUCUUAUCAUCCUGUCGAGGAUAUGCAUGAUUUUAUGGACUUUCUGGUUUCUACCUAUGAUUAUGUAUCAGUGUCUUCAAUUGGACAAUCAUAUGAGGGAAAUGACAUGAGGGUAUUGAGUGUAUGUAAGGGAGGAUGUGGAAAUAAGCCAGCUAUUUGGAUAGAUGGCGGGAUUCAUGCAAGAGAAUGGGUGUCUCCUGCCACUGUAACCUAUAUGAUAAAUGAACUAUUGGAGAAUAAUAGUGAUCAUCCUGACUUGACAGAGGAAUUGGACUGGUAUAUAAUUCCAAAUAUCAACCCAGAUGGAUAUAAUUACUCAUACACUGACAGGCUGUGGAGAAAAACUCGUUCCCCAAAUGACAAUGGAUGUUUUGGAACUGAUGCAAACAGAAAUUGGGGAUUCCAUUGGAAUGAAGGAGGAUCAUCAAAUGAUCCUUGCGAUGAAGCUUACAUGGGUAAAGAAGCAUUUUCUGAGGUAGAAAACAGAAAUGUCAGAGACUUUAUACUAGAACGGAAAGGCCAGAUCAAAUUCUUCAAUACUCUUCACUCUUACAGCCAAUAUAUUCUUUUACCAUGGGGUUGGAGCUUUGAUCAUCCAGAUAACUAUCUAGAAAUGCAGUUGCUGGCUUUUGAAGCUGUUCUAGAGCUACUUAUUGUUCAUGGAACUGAAUAUGAGGUUGGAAGCAUUCCUAGUCUCUUGUAUAUUGCUAGUGGAGGAAGUUUAGAUUGGGCGCUAGGAGAGGCAGGAAUUCCUUACAGCUUUGCUAUGGAGUUAAGAGACAAAGGAAAGUAUGGUUUUGUUCUACCACCUGACCAGAUUAUUCCAACAGGCGAGGAAACCUGGGCCUUUCACUUGACAGUUGCAAGAGCUAUCAUCAGAGAAUUUGGAAAACAAAUUUAAUAUUUGUAGUUAAUACAUUUUAAUUCAAUAAAAGACAGCAUAUACUU